AUGGCGCCCCUUGCCGCAUCCAAGCUCCCCUACCGGGACGUCAACAUCAAGGUCACCAACGAUGCCUACACCUUCACUUCGCCCUCGUCGCCCGAUGCGCCGGCGCUCCUCAUCGAUAGGCCGACUGGCGACGUUCGUCUAGCAGACCCUGCCCUCCAGGCAGGAAAGCGCGCCUCGCGUGUCUCGAGCGUUGCUGGCAUCCUGGGCAUCAUCCAGCUGCGGCUAGACAAGUAUGUCAUAGUCAUCAGCAAAGCCCAGCCCAUGGGCCGCCUCAAAGGCCACAUGGUGUACAAAGUGCUCGCGACCGAGAUCCUUCCCAUGCGCGAGCGUCAGAUCCACGACCCCGACGAGGACACCUUCAUCGGCCUUCUCAAGACGUUCCUGCAGAACGGGCCCAUGUACUUUUCGUACUCGAUCGACCUCACAAACUCCUUCCAGCGCCAAUCGCAGGCCGACCCCGCCAGCCCGCUGUGGAUGAGAGCAGACGAUCGCUUUUUCUUCAACAAGUACCUGCAAACCGACCUCAUAGAGUUUCGCAGACGAGGCUCAAGAAGCCAGCCCGGCUCGCAGCCCGCAAUCGAUCCAUACAUCCUGCCAUGCAUAUUCGGCAUGUUGGAGAUCAAGCCCACUCGCUUCAAGAACACACCCUUGACGCUGAUUCUGAUUUCCCGGAGAUCGCGCUACCGCGGUGGCACGAGAUACUUUACCCGUGGCGUGGAUGAGGACGGUCACGUCGCAAACUACAACGAGACGGAACAGGUUGUCAUCCUGAACGAUAGCAGUAGCGGCCUGGGUGGCUUUGCUGGCAGCACCGAUAUGCAGAGCGGCAAGUUUGGCGCUUCGGCUGGGCAGGAGAUGCAGAUAAUGUCCUACGUCCAGACCCGAGGAAGUGUCCCGACCUACUGGUCCGAGAUAAACAGCCUGCGCUACGUCCCCAAGCUGCAGGUUCGCAGCACCGAGGCUGCCGCUCCGGCCGCGGUGAAGCACUUUGAUGAGCAGAUCCGCAUCUACGGCGACAACUACCUCAUCAACCUCGUCAACCAGAAGGGCCGAGAAUGCAGGGUUAAGGAGUCGUACGAGAAAAUGGUGGAGGCGCUGGUCUCCGGCCCGAGGGAGCAUCAUGAGGCCGACCGGCUGACUGACGAGAAGUUCACCACGAUCCAGCCAGGGUCGAAGCAGCAAUUGCUUGACCGUCUGCACUACGUCUACUUUGACUAUCACACCGAGACCAAGGGUAUGAAGAUGCACAAGGCGUACGCUCUCGUCGAUAAGCUCCAGGAGGCGCUCGCCGCCCAGGGCUACUUUCGUGGUGUCGACACACCCGCCAACGUCGACGGACGGAUCGAUGCCCGCAGCCUCCAGACCAGCGUCAUGCGUACCAACUGCAUGGACUGCCUCGAUCGGACCAACGUCGUCCAGAGCAUCUUUGGCCGCCAUGUUUUGGACCGCAUCUUCGAGCAGGCUGGCCUCAUGGCCCACGGCUCCUCUUUCCGGGACGAGGACCCGGCCUUCGAGCACAUCUUCCGCAAUAUCUGGGCCGACAAUGCCGACGUCGUCUCUUCCUCCUACUCGGGCACCGGCGCUAUGAAGACGGACGUGACCCGUACGGGAAAGCGCACAAAGGUUGGCGCUUUGCAAGACGCACGGAUCGGCGUCACGCGUUACUAUCUCAACAACUUUAGAGACGGUCCGCGUCAGGACUCCUUUGACCUGUUUCUGGGCGCCUACCAGCCAGGGGAGACUAACAUUGGCACAAACCUCGUCUUCGUGGACAGGCGUCCGCUGAUGAUCCAAUCCAUACCCUAUGUGCUGGCGUUCAGCGUCUUUAUUGUCCUCGUCGGCAUCUUUACCAAGCGCGACCCGGACGCGAGAGUUCUCCCUAUGCGCGUCUUUAUCCUCUUCUGGAGUGCUGUGGCUGCGUACUGCUUUUAUUUUGUCUGGACUCACGGCAUGCUCUAUGUCAACUGGCCACGCCUGAACCCUCGUCACUUUGCUGUCGAUGGCUACACAGAGCACUUCUCCAAGGCGCGCAAGGAUGCCGUCAUCGGACCGUUUGUGACGCGGCACGAGAGAGGGCUCAGCACCGCUCGCUACCUCAACGCCGAGGAAGGAAAGAAGAGGAUUGAAUAA